AUGCGGUUAGAUGUAAAACGACAACUCUUUGCCCGGUCGGAGAGGGUCAAGGGCAUUGACUUUCAUCCAACAGAGCCAUGGUCUAUAAUCAAGACAUUCGAGCUUACGGAUGUGCCUGUCAGAGCCGGUCGAUUCAUCGCCCGAAAGAAUUGGAUUGUUUGCGGGUCCGAUGACUUCCAACUCCGCGUCUACAAUUACAACACUUCCGAAAAGAUCACUUCCUUUGAAGCACAUCCAGAUUACAUCCGGUCAAUCGUCGUUCACCCGUCACAGCCGUUUGUCCUCACUGCUUCAGAUGACAUGACCAUUAAGCUCUGGGAUUGGGAUAAGGGAUGGAAAUGCGUGCAGAUUUAUGAAGGGCACAGCCAUUAUGUUAUGGGUCUAGCAAUUAAUCCCAAGGAUAUAAAUACAUUUGCUUCAGCCUGUCUCGACCGGACGGUGAAGAUAUGGAGCCUGGGAUCGCCGCAUGCCAAUUUCACCCUCGAGGCUCAUGAGACUAAGGGCGUGAACCACGUUGACUAUUACCCGCAAGCCGACAAGCCAUAUUUAUUGACGACUUCCGACGAUAAAACUGUCAAGGUUUGGGAUUACACCACCAAAUCCCUCAUAGCCACAUUGGAAGGCCAUACUAGUAAUGUGUCCUUCGCCUGUUAUCAUCCCGAACUUCCUGUAAUCAUCUCUGGCUCCGAAGACGGAACCAUCAAAAUCUGGCACGCCAACACAUAUCGACUAGAGCAAUCUCUAAGCUAUGGUUUGGAGCGAGCAUGGUGUGUUAGCUACCAGCGUGGCAAGCAAGGCAUUGCCAUGGGAUUUGAUGAUGGAGCUGUUGUGGUCAAGAUGGGUCGCGAGGAACCCGCUGUUUCUAUGGACGGAUCCGGAAAGCUGGUAUGGGCAAGACACAACGAGGUCAUCUCAACGGUUAUCAAAGGUGGCGAUGCAACCCUUAAAGAUGGUGCUCCUCUCACCCUGCCAACGAAGGAACUUGGCUCCUGCGAAAUAUAUCCCCAAACACUCAUGCACUCGUCUAAUGGACGGUUCGUUUCAGUCUGUGGCGAUGGUGAAUAUAUUAUCUACACUGCACUUGCGUGGAGAAACAAGGCAUUCGGACAAGCCCUGGACUUCGCAUGGGGAUCAAAAGAUAAUAGCAAUGACUACGCGAUUCGAGAGUCCACCACAAGUGUCAAGAUUUUCCGCAACUUCAAGGAGAAGAGUAGUGGUCUCGAUGUUGGAUUCCAAGCCGAAGGCCUGAUCGGUGGUGUUCUUCUAGGAGUCAAGGGCCAAGGGGGUAUUGGUAUGUUUGACUGGGAGACAGGCGCACUUGUGAGAAGAAUAGAAGUGGACCCUAUAGCGGUUUACUGGUCUGAAUCAGGAGAGCUAGUUGCUCUGGCUUGCGAGGAUGCAUUCUACGUUCUCCGAUUCUCACGCGAGGACUAUAUUGCUGGUCUCAACAACGGUGAAGCCGAUGAGGAUGGCGUUGAAGCCGCUUUCGAAGUGGUCACUGAUAUCAGCGAAUCCGUCCGGACCGGCGAAUGGGUUGGUGAUUGCUUCAUCUACACCAAUUCUACGAACCGCCUAAACUAUCUCGUCGGCGACCAAACAUACACAAUCUCCCAUUUCGACCAACCAAUGUAUCUCCUGGGCUACCUCACUCGAGACGGACGCAUCUACCUCUGCGACAAGGAUGUCAACGUAAUCUCCUUCUCCCUGUCACUCUCCGUCGUCGAAUACCAAACCCUCGUCCUCCGCGGAGACAUGGAUGCUGCCGCAGAGACCCUCCAUGACAUCCCCGCCGACCAAAUCAACAAAAUCGCCCGCUUUCUCGAAGGUCAAGGCUACAAGGAACUGGCCCUCGACGUCGCGACCGACCAGGAACACCGCUUCGAGCUCGCCCUAGCCCUUAACAAGCUCGAAAUCGCUAUCGAAAUCGCCCGUGCAACCGAUGUCGAGCACAAGUGGAAAGUCGUCGGCGACGCCGCCAUGGCCGCCUGGGAUCUCGCCCUAGCUCAAGAAUGCUUCUCCAACUCCAAGGACCUGGGUUCCCUACUACUACUGCACACCUCGAGCUGCAACAUGGACGGACUACGCCGUCUAGCCGACCAAGCCAGCGCUGCGGGCUCGCAUAACGUCGCCUUCACCGCGCUCUGGCAGCUAGGUGACGUCGAUGCGUGCAUUGAGCUUCUUGUGCGGACAAACCGAAUUGCUGAGGCUGUGCUGUUUGCACAGACUUAUAAACCCAGUCGGGCGGCGAAGCUUGCGGUGCGGUGGAAGGAGAGUUUGGAGAAAGCUGGUAAGACCAAGGUGGCGCGGAUUAUUAGCAUUCCGCCUGGUUCUGGCGUUGAGGGGGUUGAUGCGGAUGAUGAAUUGUUUCCUGAGUGGGAUGAGUAUUUGAGGCUGGAGACGGAAGGGGGUGCAAAGUCAGUGGGUUUGAUUGAUAUUAAUGGUGAUAAUGAUGCGGUGGAUGGGAAUGGGGAUGGGGAUGGAAAUGGAAAUAAAAAUGGGAAUGGGAAUGGGGAGGCGGAGGCGGAAGUGGAGGCGGAAGUGAAUGGGGAUUCGGAAUGA